UUUUAGAAAUGCUUUACUGUAAGCUAACAGUUAUUUUGCUUCAUCUACUGUUAUUAAUUCUAAUAUCUGGCAAAUCUUCUGAUAGCAACAAUGAUUGUUCCUGUCUUAAAGAACAAAUUUUUGAUAGUAAUGUGAAAGAUGGAAAUAAUAGUAAUUUUAAAAUUUUGAAUGAAAAAAAUGACUCAGUUCAAUUCACUUUUGAUGGGGUAAAGUGCAAUUUUCUGGAUUGUUAUUGGGAGAUUCAACCUCCAAAAGAUUCAAAACUCUACCACUACAUCAUUGUUAAAAUGAAUCUUUCACAUCCCGAUGAUGGAGAUUUUGUUGAGGAAUGUGACACAAAUUUCAGAACUGGAUCUCGUGGCUGUUCUAGAUAUAAUUCAAAAAACAUUGGUUCUUCUAAUGAAAUUCUUGUUAAUGAUGUUUCUAGAUUUAUUCUCAAACGAGAUGCUUCUGUACGUGUUUGGUAUCAUCGUGAAUCUGUAGGAAUGAUUAAAAAUCCGAAUAUUCCAAGACAAUUUAAUCUUAAUUAUGAGUGGAGAGAAGAGCCACAUCCUUUAAUGCCUAAAAAGAGCUUCAACGAUAUAUAG